GUUUGUCUGUAGCACAAAACGAUAUUCUCCGUCAACAUGGACAUCCACGUCCGUCUCGGGUGACACAAGGGGGAAAAGAACACCUGCUCUUGUGUUUAAGAAUUAUUUAUUUAUCUUUUGGAGAAAAUAUUCUGCAAUCGAAUGUUUUCUCUGGUCACCGAAUUUGAACUUUUGGAUAUAUUUGGCAAGUGGUUAUGAAAAAGAGUAACAGCAGAAGAAGAAUACUUCAGCAGUGCGCGGUAAUUUUGAAAAAGCGUUUCUAGUGUUUUGGAGAAAGUUCCUUUAGGUUUCAUAAUUCAUUGGAAGAAACGUACGCAAAAAUCAGGAUCUAAUGCCCCAAGAUUCCCCAUGCUCAUACCAAAGGAUCACGAUGCCUUUGACUCUGCUGUUAUUGGUGGUUGGUCUGCUUACUCUGCAGUGUUGUUCAGCUCAAUCUCAAGGACACCAAAACAUCACCAAACGAUCUGACAGGAGGUUUUAUGACGGCGCCAUCUAUAUUCACCCACCAUAUGAUUCUUCCUCUUCUUUUCAUCCGAAAUUCCGCAACGAGAGACAUUUCAGCAGAGGCCAAAAUUCUUUCUUUCCCCAAACUCAGUCUCGACAAAAUGGUUUCUCAUAUUGCAACGGAGGGGGAAAGUGUCAGUUCUUCCUCUACUGCUGGCUCUCAGGGGGUAGUUUAGGACCCUCAUGUGGACCCCUUUUCUCAUGCUGCAUCACAGGAAAUGAGCCCCAAAGUAAAGCUGCUGCGCCUGCUCAGAGAAGUUACGGACCGGUAAAGAAUGACCCUUACUGUGGAAGGAGCGCUACCAGGACAAGUCGUAUUGUUGGCGGUAAUGAUGCUUAUUUCGGACAAUUCCCAUGGCAGGCUGUUAUUCAAGUUGGCGGCAGUAGAUGUGGCGGUGCACUCGUAGGUCGCAGGUUUGUUGUCACUGCAGGACAUUGUGUUGCCAGAUCCCAGCACAAACCCCACAACAUCCGAGUGACUCUAGGCGAUUACGUGCUUCACUCGAACGUGGAGAGUCUACCAGCCGAAGUGUUCGGAGUGUCGGAGGUCCGUCUGCACCCUAAUUUCCGUUUUACGCCUCAGGCUGACCGUUAUGACGUAGCUGUGGUAGUCCUAGAUCGCCCUGUACCUUAUCGGGAGAAUAUUCGUCCAAUUUGUAUACCAAGGAAAGGAGCGGACUUCUUAGGAAGGACAGCGUAUGCUGCUGGUUGGGGUGCUCUGGAACCUGGCUCCAAACUCCGUCCAAAGGUUCUUCAAUUCGUAUCUGUUCCUGUGAUAAACAAUAAGAUUUGCGAAAACUGGCACCGGAAACAAGGUAUCAACAUUCGCAUACAUGAUGAGAUGAUGUGUGCAGGUUACGAGUUCGGAGGGAAGGAUGCCUGCCAGGGUGAUUCUGGCGGUCCCUUGAUGAUGGAAGAGAACAACGUGUGGUUUCUCAUCGGAAUCGUUUCGGCUGGUUAUUCUUGUGCAAAGCAGUAUCAACCCGGCAUCUACCAUAAAGUGUCCAGUUCCGCGGAUUGGGUCUCUUCCGCGAUGCACUGAAAUAUAAGUAAUCAAGAAAAAAAAAGUGUUGGCUAGUCAUUCAUCGGAAGAAGAAAGCCCUCUCAUUCGAUGCAUCAGUUGCAUCCUCCCAAGUCUACAUUACUUUACAAUGACCGGAGUUCAGAUACAUACUUUCAACCCCUGAACUGUGAAAUGAACAUGAAGGAUAUUUCCUAAUGUUGAUGGAUUAUUAAGAGGCUUUAAGUGAUGUAACAAGUCAAAAGUCAUAGUCAAUGGAUGACACUUGAGAAAUUACCAUAGAAGCCCAUGGAAAGAUGACCUUGUGUUCAUAUACCAUAUUGUUGUCUGUAAUUUUUUGAUUCACAAUGUUGUAUAUGGAGAAACACGAUAUUGUAAAUGGAAAAUGUAGCAAAUUGGAUAUUUAUACAGAUGAUUAUUUAUUCUCAGCUUGGAAGGCUGGUGAAAAGAAUUGUAGGAAAGGGAGCUUAAUCUUGUGAAAGACGUGAAAAAAAAUAAGGGGGAAGAAAGGAAUCGUUUGAAGUAUUUCUAAGGAUUGUAGUGAUAAUAGAAUAUUUUUUCUUAGAAAAGAUGUUGACGACUAUAAAAAUAAUUUUAUUAUAUACUAGAUUUUGAAUUAAUAAUUUCAGAUUUAUAUCUUGAAAAUGAAUUCUUUUAAUUAUUAACAAUAUGGGUACACAUAAAUAAAAAUAAAAGGAUGCUGUGAAACCUUUUUUGCUGUAAAAGAAGUCGAUUUGAAGUUAAAAAUGAUCUUUUCUCAUUAAUUUAAUUUGCAACUAAAUUUCUAUUUGUCCCAUUUUGAUCUCAAAAUACAGGUUGUUUUAUAAACAAGAAAGGUUUGCAAGGUUAUUAUAAAAGUAUACAAAGAAAGAAUACACCACUUUAUUGUUCAUAGAAAAUAAAAAAUAACAGUUAAAAGCAAGUUUUAAUAUGAACCCUUCAGAAAUAUAUUAUAUAUUAGGGCAAUGUGAUAACUCGAGCCCACUUUUUUAUGCUUGUCUAGAUGGGGAGGGGGUGAGUUGUAUAUAUAAGUGUAUGGCAAGAGACGAUUUUUUUUUAGAACUUGAAUACUUAUAACUGUGUAAGUACUCACAGCACUAAGUAAUCGCUAAAUUUAAACUUUCAACUAUUAUUUUUGAUUUUCGGUAAUCAACAAAGUGCUACUUUGUUUUUUCUUUGAUUAGCCCCGAAAAACUGAAUAAUCAGUUAUGAACACCCUGUAUAUUAGCGUCUAUCAUAAAUGAAAAGAAAACAAAACAAAAAACUGAUAUAUUAAAGUGCUACAAAAAUAAUAUAUGAUAAAGAACUAUAUAUCAGAACACAACAAAUAUAUCUGUAAACUAACAAUCACAGGCACAUAGAUCAUCUAUCUGCAUUUGAUUAAGAAAAAAAAAUCGAUAUAAUUUAAUUAUAGCACAUAGUGGUAUAAUAUGGAUUAUUGUUAUCCGGGACAUAAUUGUAUCACUUUUCCCUGUUUUAUUUGUCGAUUUCUGCACUAUCUCAGUUUUCACAGCGCUCUUCCUCUAAUAUUGACGACAGAAGCUCAAACACCUCUCUUGACAACCAAUUGCUAUGCUUCAAACCGCAGAAAACCUUUUUAUAGGGAAAGGAUGUUGUUUCCUGAAAAACACUGCCACUCUUAGUAUUUACUUAUGAAGAGCAAAAUAAUGCAUCCAUAAUAGUUUUUCUUUAAAACUAUCUAUUUUUCUGAAGAUUUUUCUUAGAAUAAAAGAACUGUUUUUAAUUAUGGGAGAAUCACCAUUGAAUACUUUACGUAAAUUCUGCUGAGUUAAAAGCGGAAAUUUACUAAUUAAACUUCCGUAUCUGGUCUCUUAGAAACCCACCCAAGUGUCUUCAUUUGAAGAAAUCUUUGCAUAGUUGUUUGCGCAUUAUUGUUGCAAUGUUCAUUUUAUAACGCAACUUCAUCCAAUACUCUUAAUAUAGUCAAAACUCAAUACUUCUUCAUGUCUAUUUAUCGCCAAAAGAUUAGCACUAAAAUAUUUCAAAACUUUAUAAUAUUGUCAAGUGAAUCUAAGUACUAAAAGUCAAUUUAAGAUAAUUUAAAUCGGUACUUUUCCGUUAGCCGUGCGCAAAUGUAGCCAAUUGUGAACCCAACGCGAAUUUGGCGUAAGAAAUUUGGCGGAAUUCUACAUUAUUUGGCGAUCUUGCGUCUGGCUAACGGAAAAGUACCUUAUAAAUCUUACAUUAAAAACUACUUAAAAGACAUCUGUUUUUUUAAUAAAAAUAUUAACAUGAGGGCUAAAAUUUUAAACAAAAAAAAAAAAUAAAUAAACUGUCCAUUAUCAAAUAUUUUUAGCAAGAGACUUCUAUGACAUGUAUGUAUUGAGAUUUGGCUUUACAUUUUAUAUGCUGAUGCUUUUUUUAUAUUUUAAACAAGAAGAACAAACUUUUUUGAUCUUCAAAAAUGCUUCAAAGUAGAAUUGGCGUCCUACUGGAAAUUUUUUUAAUGGGGAUUUUUCAAAAUGAAUCAGUGAAGAUGGUGUUGGUUCCUUUUGGAUGGUUCUUAGGUUAAUUACAGAAAAAAGGGGGUAUAUGUAAAUCAGCUGAAAAUGCUUUCUUUGUUGAUUUGUUUAUUUGUGGGUUUGAAUGAAAUACAAUGUGAUUUUCAUUUAAUCAUAGAAUAAACAUUUUAUUUUAUUAAAAUUGUAUUUAAAUGCUUGCGAAGAAAAUUAGUUGGUGAGUUUAAAAAAUAUUCUUAUUUUUAGAAAUG